CGCAUGUUAGCUAAUGAUUGAGUUCUUGGGAUGUAAUAUUAUGAAUAAAUGUAUUUAGUAUACUGUUAACAGGUAAAUAUAACGAGUAUUACAUAUCUAAUCAAUCUGCUUAAUACUCGUAUCUGCAAGUUUAGUCCUUCUGGGUUUGGAUUCUCUUUCAUUGUGGUGUGGUACGAAAGUGGUGCAACUCCAUGUGGUAGAUCUGCGCAUUGUUUGCAUAUAUUUGUCGAAGAUAUUACACUACAUAAUCUGGGGGAUGAGCAAGGAACCCAGAGCAGUGGACAUUUCUGGAAUCUUAUGCCGCACUGGCCGAAUUGCCAAGUUAGUAGAGCGGAGCGUCAUCGGAUCCAUGCACAUCAUAAAAGCAAGCAUCCCGGGUUAUUGCAAUACUUAAAACAGGGGCUUCCGCCUCACUUUGGAGAAAAGUUUACUUCAAUCUCCUAUGUAGGUUGAAAGCGUUGUCUAAAGUUAGGAUUCGGUCUAUCUAAGACCGGCUCUCAUAUUGUGGCCGCUAUGUUGUCUUCGCUGUUAACGGCCCUCUUCGUAUCGCCGCUUGUCGCAUCUGCCCCCUCCAGUCCUACAGGCAAUUAUGCGCAAUCACCACCGGUUUUCCCCUCACCACCUGGGAAGGGGGCGGGCAGAUGGGCCGACGCGUACGAUAGCGCCAGCAGUCUUGUAAGCCAGAUGACGUUAGAGGAGAAGGUCAACGUCACACGCGGCUUCGCUCUUGGCGAUAAUACCUGCGCCGGUAACACGGGGACAGUCCCGCGACUCGAGUGGCCGGGUAUGUGCCUGCACGACGCAGGUAAUGGGGUUAGAGCUGCAGACCUCGUUAACUCAUAUCCGUCGGCAAUCCAUGUUGGCGCCAGUUGGGACAAGAAUCUGACGUACCAAAGAGCUUUUUAUAUUGGCCAUGAGUUCAAGGCCAAAGGUGUCAAUGUUGUGCUUGGUCCCAAUGCAGGGCCCCUGGGAAGGACUCCUUUAGGUGGCCGUAAUUGGGAGGGUUUCUCUGUUGACCCUUACUUGUCUGGGCAGUUAAACGCGGAGACAAUCAUUGGCCACCAAGACGCUGGCGUCAUUGCAAAUAUCAAGCAUUUUAUCGCCAAUGAACAGGAGACGUACAGACGACCAUACUUUGGGGUUGAAGCUAUUUCAGCAAAUAUUGAUGAUAAGACGCUUCACGAACUCUACCUCUGGCCGUUUAUGGACGGAGUGAGAGCUGGUGUGGCUUCGGUUAUGUGUUCCUAUAAUAGAAUCAACAACACCUACGGCUGUGAGAACAGCAAACUCUUGAAUGGUGUUCUUAAAACCGAACUUGCCUUUGACGGAUUCGUACUCCUUGACUGGAACGCUCAACACAAUCUCGAGAGCGCGAACGCAGGACUGGACAUGAUUAUGCCUGGAGGUGGGUUUUGGGGCAACAACCUAACCGAAGCGGUUCGAGACGGAUCCGUCAGUGAAGAUAGAGUCACCGAUAUGGCUACUAGGAUUCUUGCAGCAUGGUACCUUGUGGGCCAAAACGGCAGCAACUUUCCGGCCCCUGGAAUCGGGAUGAAGAAUCUCACUUUACCUCACGAGCAAGUCGAUGCCCGUACUCCUGAAUCAAAGCCGAUUAUAUUAGAAGGUGCGAUAACAGGGCAUGUUCUAGUGAAGAAUAAUGAUGCCCUGCCUUUUAAGAAGAACCCGACUAUGUUGUCCGUUUAUGGCUAUGAUGCUACGAUCCCUGACACUAAGAACACGGAUACUCUUUUCCAACUAGGUUACACUUCUUCAUCGGAAAUGGGCCAGGCAGUAUUGGGCACAAAUAAUCAUUUUAACCAGGCUGCUAGAGGGGGUACUAUUGUGACUGGUGGAAGAGCCGGUGCUAAUGCGCCAGCUUAUAUCGACGACCCGUUGAGCGCCAUUCAGCAGAGGGCAAGAGUUGAUGGGACAUGGGUCAACUGGGAUUUAACUUCACCUAAUCCGGAUGUUAAUGCGGCAUCGGAUGCUUGCUUGGUCUUCAUUAAUGCUAUUGCCACUGAAGGUUGGGAUCGAGAUGGGCUUCACGAUGACUUUAGCGACGGACUUGUUCUAAACGUGGCCUCUAAAUGUUUAAACACCAUCGUCGUCAUACAUGCCGCAGGCAUUCGUCUCGUAGAUCAGUGGAUCGAUCAUCCUAACAUCACUGCAACAAUUAUUGCUCACCUUCCCGGCCAAGACAGCGGAGAAGCCUUAGUCCAGCUCCUUUAUGGAGAGGCCGGAUUUUCGGGGAAACUACCAUACACGUUGGCGAAGAACGAAAGUGAUUAUGCAGUAUACGCCCCAUGUGGUCGCGGCCCGUCAAAUACGACUGAUCCGCAAUGUGACUUUACUGAAAAGGUCUACGUUGAUUAUCGCCACUUUGACGAGAAUAAUAUAACACCACGAUACGAAUUUGGGUACGGUCUAUCAUACACGACAUUUAACUAUUCUUCGCUCUCAGUCGAGCCCCUGGAUAUCACGCCGGAGACGCAAGGAUCCUCUACUCCGAGUAGCGACGAAGCUUUGUGGGAUAUUGUGGCUAUGGUUAACGUGACAAUUACCAAUUCCGGCAAGGUAUCCGGUGCAGAAGUAGCGCAGCUCUACCUCGGCAUCCCGAAUAGCCCGCCGAAGCAGUUGCGCGGCUUCGAAAAAGUUCCUCUCGUUCCAGGGGAGUCCGCCGAGAUCACUUUCGAACUGACAAGACGUGAUUUAAGUGUGUGGGAUGUUGUCACUCAGGGCUGGAUCGUACAGGCUGGCCAAUAUGACUUAUACGUCGGUGCUAGUAGUCGGGAUAUCAGAUUGAGAGGUAGCAUCGCGGUCUAGUGGGCAGCAAUGCGCUUUGAUACAGAUAUACUGACGAAACAGAUCACGAUAAUUUCCUAAUAGCUAGGUACUUAGUGUAAUAGUACCUAAGGCACAUGAAGAAUAACUAAUAUUCUUAUUUUUACUUUCCCU